CCACCGCUCGCGGAGCAGCGCGGCGAUUGGCCAGGCCCGACGCCAAACAAUGGGAGGAAGCGGUCGCCACUUCCGUGUUACGGGGCGGAGGAGGCCCAGGACUUCACCAUGAGAAUGGUUGAGAGCGUCGACUCCGUUGUCACUAGGCCCAGCGAAGACCUCUGGGCUGAAAUCUGCUCCUGCCUGCCACACCCUGACCAGAAGGAUGCUGGCAACGCUUUCACAGACUCCUUCCUGGAUUUCUGCACCAAUGGAGGAGAAGGCCAGGGCAGCGGAUCAGACAGCUCUUCUCAAGUAAAUCUGAAGCCCUGGGCACCCCUGCAUGAUUCCGAGUUGUAUUUGGCGUCUCUGGAGAGAAGACUGAUGCGAAUCAAAGGCUUGUCGCAGGAGGUGACUUCCAAGGACAUGCUGCGCACGCUUUCCCAGGCCAAGAAGGAAUGCUGGGACCGGUUCCUGCAGGAGAAGUUUGAGUCCGAGUUGUAUGUAGAGGGGCACGACUCUGACGAGAGCACGCUGGAGCAUCUGAAGCGGUGGCUGCAACCUGAUAAAGUGGCAAUCAACACCGAGGAGGUGCAGUACCUCAUCCCUCCGGAGUCUCAGCAGGAGAAGCAGGAGGCGGAGGAGGAACCUCCGGCCGCAGAGCAGUGAGACGCGCGCCAGCCCCGCCGCAGAGCUGCCUCUUGUCCCAGCUCUGACGGAGUCGUACCGCUGACAACAAUAAUAGGGGGUAGGGGAGGCAGAAGUGCCGGUUAUCAGUCAUGAAAGAACCCCAACACACAAACCCAGCUCUGAACUGACAGCAAAUGGAAUUAGGGGCAAGAGCGGAAUGCCCACGGCGGCGCGUGCUGAACUGAAAUCUCACUUCUGCCUUCUCCCAGCUUGUAGCAACCCAACCAUUCCAGUCUGAACAUGGAUUGUCUGCAGUUCAUCAGGAGACACCAGUGACAAAAGAAAAGCAGUUCUUUGGAAGCAUCAGCAACCGUGAUGAUCAAGAAUAGAACUGAUAAAGCCACCGAACCUGGUUUCCUCCCUGUCCUGCCCCAUUUUGUUCCGCAUGGACAUUGUUUCCCUUUCCUGCAAGGUCCCCCGUGCUGUUUUCUGGAGAUGUUUCCUAUUUGUUUCAGCUGCGCCUGGAGGAGGACAGAUUUUUCACCUACGUGGAUCUGGCACCUUAAAGGAAGCUGUCAUUGUGAUCUUAAAUCAAUGGUGUCAUUGUAACUAUUUCACAUUCCUUGCUGUGUAGUUCCCUCCUACAAUGUCCCCUUCAUUGGCCAAACAGUAUUACAGAAUGGGGGGAGGAGCAGGAAAAAAAAAUACAUUUUCUGUCUUGUUGGUCAUUUUUAAUCCGUUCUUUAUCUCCUUCAGCCUCUCCAAAAGAGGGUCAGGUAUGAUUGUCUAUGGGGAAAGCAAGAGUGGUGACCAGGGAGGCUACAAAUAACAUUUUUCCAUCACAGGCUUGCGUAGAAUUAUCUGAUGUUAAAUGUCUUCUAGCAGUUCAUUGUUUUCCACCCUUUGUUGCUCUGCGAAGGGUCAUUUCCCACAUCUAGUCAAAGAACCCAUAGUUGUGUACUCGUGUGAAGGCAGAAGCUCCUCUAACCUGUGCCUCCUCUGUGACGCUGACUCCAGAGGUCGAUAGAGGGAAGCAGCGUACGCCAUCAGUGGGAUAAAGCUCUCCGAGACAGCGAUUGUGAGGGCAGCUUUAGUUUGCUAACACUGGAUUCACACCACGUUCGCUCUGUACCUGUAUGAAAAUACAUUUUAAAGUAGCUUUGUG